UAUCUCAGAGUUUACGAAAUUCUAGAAGAAAGCAAACAAUCCUCGAUCGGCUCUCUUCUGUUCGCUCGCGACCUUCGUAGAAAACGCUCGUCUCCUGUUCUGUUUCUCGCUGCGACUCCAGUCCACCGGUAUUUCAUAAUAAAAAACUCUCUCGCGGCUCGAGGAAUGGAGUGCAAGAGCAAUUUGAGCCUCGAACUGGUGCAAGUCCUGUUUCGUCAUGGGGACCGGACGCCGAACGAGAUGGAGGCCAGUAUCGAUGACUCGGACAAGCACUUGUAUGAGCCGUACGGCUACGCGCAGCUCACCCCCAACGGAAUGCGAACGGUGUACAAGCUCGGCCAGAUGCUGCGCAAGCGCUACAACUCCUUCCUGCAGGACUACAAGCCCGAGCACGUGUGGGCCUUCAGCAGCAACACCGACCGGGCCAAGACGUCGCUGGAUCUCGUGCUGGCGGGCCUCUAUCCGCCCACCGAGACGUCCCGAUGGAACGACUCGCUGCCCUGGCGGCCCAUACCCACCCACUACUCGAGCGAGCCGCGCAACUACCUCAUGAUGCCGUUCAGCAGCAUACACUUUCAGAAAGAAAUCGAGAGAGUCAAUUCGAGGCCGGAGGUUAAAAAGAAAUGGAGCAAGUUCGAACGACUCAUCGCUCUGUUGAAAGACAAUACCAAGCUGAGCUUCCAGAAUCGCCUGGAGAUUCUCAUCGUUUUCGGAAAAAUCAGAAAUUCGCUGAGCAUGGGCGGCGACUUGCCCCGAUGGAUGAGCCCCGAGGCCCUGGACGAGCUGCACGAGGCGGCGAUCCUCGCCUUCCAGAUGAUGUUCCACAACGACUUUCUCCUCAGGCUCAACUGCGGCCCCAUGCUCAAGGAGAUCAUCGCGAGGAUGAGCGAGCACACCGAGGGCAGGAGCCAACGCAAGAUCGUGCUGCACAGCGCGCACGACAUCAACGUCGCCGGCUUUCUGCACGCCUACGAGCUGGACGGCGUCGCGCCGCUGCCCGAGUACGGCGCCGCGGUGAUAGUGAAGAAAUUUAAAAACGAGGCCGGCGAGAGAUUCGUGCAGUUGAUGUACUGGACGGGAGUGAGCGAGAAGCUGAUACCCAUGAAGCUGCCCGGCUGCGGGUCACUGUGCACCGUCGAGCACUACGCCAAGGUGGUGGAGCAUCUUCUGCCCUCGGAAGCCGAGCAUUUAGAAUGAUGUAAUUGCGCGAGAUCGUCGGUAUAACGCACGUGACUGUACGUGUGUAUUGACUUUUCGUCGUCGUCGCAGCAGCAAAAAACUACUGCAUCGGAUGUAGAUAUAUAAAAUACAAAUGUUUAUGUUAGAGAUAUUAAGUCAUGUCGUUGUAAUCUUUUUCGUACGUAUGGAAGUAAAUUUUUUUUUAUAUCGUAUAAGAA